CCUCGCCGCGCUGGCGCCGCCCCUCGCCGCGCUGGCGCCGCCCCGCGGGCCGAAAGUCCCUAGCACGCGGUCAUGGCGGAACCUGAGCUGCAGCUCGUGGCGCGGCGGAUCCGCAGUUUCCCGGACUUCCCCAUCCCGGGAGUGCUGUUCAGGGACAUCUCGCCCCUCCUGAAGGACCCCGACUCUUUCCGCGCUUCCAUCCGCCUUCUGGCGAGUCACCUAAAGAAGACCCACGGGAACAGGAUCGACUACAUCGCAGGCCUAGACUCCCGAGGCUUCCUCUUCGGCCCCUCCCUGGCGCAAGAACUGGGCUUGGGCUGCGUGCUCAUCCGGAAGCGUGGUAAACUGCCCGGCCCCACUGUGUCGGCUUCCUACGCGCUGGAGUACGGGAAGGCUGAGCUGGAGAUCCAGAGAGACGCCCUGGAGCCAGGGCAGAAGGUGGUGGUGGUGGACGACCUGCUGGCCACUGGCGGAACCAUGCGUGCAGCCUGUGAGCUGCUGGGCCAGCUGCAGGCAGAGGUGCUGGAGUGCGUGAGUCUGGUGGAACUGACCUCGCUGAGGGGCAGGGAGAGGCUGGGGCCCGUGCCCUUCUUCUCCCUGCUGCAGUACGAGUGACCAUGCAGGAUGGCCACCCUCCCUGCCCAGUGUCCUCCACUGAAGACAUGGAGCUUCAUCCCAGGGGGCCCCAGUGGCCACUUCUCUGCAAGUGGCUCCACUGUCCAUGGCUGUUGCCUAGGGCCCUUCCUGCAGACCCAGAAGUGCCAAAGCCCGGAGCCAGUAGCCUGAGGUACACCAGGCUGGCCACUGCUACUACUGUGGGCUGGCCUGACAUGGCACUCAGUAAACAUCUCUGCUCAG